AUGGUAUCCUGGCUCUCAAUCCCCGCAAAAUCACAUUUCUCCCUCAUCAAUAUCCCCUUUGGUAUCAUUACAACCCCAAAAUCGGGUGUGCCAGUACCAGCAAUCGCCAUAGGGGAUUAUGCGCUAGACUUAUCUGCAUUUACGAAGAAUGGAGGCUUCUCCCAUCUCCCCAGCUUUCAAGCGCAAGCAGAUGUGUUCUAUCAACCGACAUUGAACGCAUUUGCGGCACUUGGUCGGCCAGUGCACAGACAAGUGAGGGAAUAUCUACAAGCAAUUUUCAAAGCAGACACGCCCUUCCCAGACGUUCUCAAGGAUAACGAAGCUCUUCAAAAAGAGGCUCUUCUACCACUCAACUCAGUAACGAAUCACGUCCCACUACAGAUUGGUGAUUAUACCGAUUUCUACGCUGGACGAAAUCAUGCAUACAAUGUUGGUGUUCUUUUCCGAGGGCCUGAUAAUGCCCUACAGCCAAAUUAUAAUCACCUUCCCGUGGGAUAUCAUGGCCGUGCGUCGAGUAUCGUCGUCUCUGGAACGCCUAUCGUUCGACCUUCGGGUCAGAUAUUGACAAAUCCCACUGCUGCACCCAAAGUUCCCGUUUUCUCGCCUUGUAAGAGACUGGAUAUUGAACUCGAAAUGGCUGCUUUUGUUAGUACGGGCAACAAGCUCGGUCAUCCGGUACCCGUUGAGGAAGCUGAAGACCACAUAUUUGGUUUGGUGUUGAUGAAUGAUUGGUCUGCUCGAGAUAUUCAAGCAUGGGAAUAUGUGCCCUUGGGUCCAUUCAAUUCCAAGAAUUUUGCAACAACCAUCAGUCCUUGGGUCGUCCUUAUCGAUGCGCUGGAGCCAUUCCGAGCACAAGGCCUCGAACCUGGCAACCGCGAUUCCAUCCUUCCAUACCUCCGGGAAAAGAGAGCAGAUAAUGUUUUCAAUAUCAAAUUGGAGUUUGACAUCAGACCUAGUGGCACGAGCAAGGAAGAUGCACCAAUUCACGUCUCGGAAACAAAUGCUACCAAUUUGCUCUUUUCCUUCCCACAGAUGCUCGCUCACCAUACUAUUACGGGCUGCAAUUUACGUACCGGAGAUCUGUUGGCUAGUGGUACAAUCUCGGGAAAAGAGCCAGGAUCGCAGGGUAGCUUGCUAGAGCAAACGAAUGGCGGCAAGGAGCCAAUUACAUUGGCAGAUGGAAAGACGAAGAGGGCCUUUUUGGAGGACGGUGAUGAAGUGAUUUUAAGGGCUGUUGCCGGGGAUGUUGACGGGGCGUAUGUCGGAUUUGGUGAAUGUGUUGGCAGGAUCGAAUCGUCUUGCUCCGCACGGCUGCGGAUUGCGCUCAAUUUGUGGGGUAUACCCUAUAACCCCAUAUUUGUGCACUUGCUCAAGAAUGAGCAGUGCUCUGACCAAUAUCGAGCAUUAAAUCCCUCUUUGAGCGUGCCUGUUUUGGUCGCUCACCGCGCAUCGGAAGAUGAUUUAGUUAUCCCUCAGUCAAUUGCUGCACUGGAAUAUCUCGAGGAGACAGUCCGAUCAACAAGUCCGCAAUAUCGAACAUUACUUCCAAACGAUCCAGCUCUGCGCGCAAUCACCCGAAGUCUAGUGUCAAUUAUCGCAUCGGACGUGCAACCUAUCACUAACCUGCGAAGCCAACGAUGGAUCAAGGAACUUGAAGCCGACCCGGUUCCGUACUGUCGCAAGGCUACGGAGGCAGGGCUUGCUGCAUACGAAGCAUUGGCUUCCAAGGUAGCAGGUACUUUUAGUGUCGGAGAUGAUAUCACAUUGGCGGACGUCUGCCUUGUUCCUGCAACAUGGAGCGCAGCGCGAUUUGGGGUUGAUGUUCAGAACUAUCCCACCGUCGCACGAAUCGUUGCCAGGAUUGAAGAAGAGGAAGCAGUCAAAAAAGCUCACUGGAGGAGUCAGCCAGAUACGCCUGAGGAGUUCAGGCAGACUUGA